AUGAAAUUAGGAUAUAAUGAAAUAAUGAUAACAUCAAAGUAUUUUAAUGAUAUUAAUGAUUUCAUUAAUUUAGAAAUAGGAAUUAAAAGAUUUCAAGGAAAUAUUGAACGAUUUCAUUUUAAUCCAAUUCCAUUAAAUGAAUAUUCAAGAAAAUUGUUUACUAAUAUUGAAACAUUCCAUGUUUAUGAAUAUGAUGAUGAAAUAUUUAAAGAUGGAAGAAUAUUUAAAUAUGUAAUAUGGUAUUUAGUAAAUUAUUCAGAAUAUUUACAAGAGAAAGAACAAGGAAAUAUCUGUAAAAAUAUAGAAUAUACAAAAAAAGAUAGAAAGAAAUAUGGAAAUACAAUACCAUCAGAAGUUAAAUCACUUGGAUAUGAAUGUUUUAUAUACUGUUAUUCAUUAACAACAAUUAAUAUACCAUCCUCAAUUAGUGUAUUAGGAAAAUGUUGUUUUUAUAAAUGUUCAUCAUUAACAUCAAUUAAUAUACCAUCAACAAUUAGUAAAAUAGGAGAUGGAUGUUUUUAUGGAUGUUCAUCAUUAAUAUCAAUUAAUACACCAACACCAAUUAAUGAAAUAGGAAGUAGAUGUUUUGAAUACUGUUCAUCGUUAACGUCAAUUAAUAUACCAUCAUCAGUUAAAUCACUUGGAUAUCAUUGUUUUUAUGGAUGUUCAUCAUUAACAUCAAUUAAUAUACCAUCAUCAAUUAAUGAAAUAGGAGAUGAUUGUUUUAAUGGAUGUUCAUCAUUAAAUCAAUUAAUAUACCUUCAUCAGUUAUAUCAAUAG